AUGAAGAAGCAGUCUUCACAUGUACGAUCAAUAGUAACAUUACACAGCAUCAGGAACAAAUCCAAAGAAUCCUUUGAAUACAUAAAAGAAAACUCUUGCCUAAAUAUCCUAGAAGAUUUCUGGAAUGGAGUCAAAUUCUGUGCCAGCUCUGCUACGGCUAGGUGUUUCAAGCAUCCGAAAACUGUACCAACAAAGCACAUCCCGAAAAAGUAUGCCUAUAUCUUCCGCCGGAAGAGUUUGUGGGAACUAAUUCUUCUGAGUGCUACGGUAUGUGGUAUUGAGUUUUGUUAUGCAGCAGAGACAGCGUUCGUUACGCCAUUGCUUCUAAGUCUGGGGAUGGAAAUCAAAUUCGUAACUAUGAUUUGGUGCUUAAGUCCGUUUAUAGCGUUCUUGCUAACUCCGAUUUUAGGUUCAAUAAGUGACGUCUGUUCUUCAAGAAUUGGACGCCGGCGGCCGUUUAUUAUAGGACUGUCUGCGUGCAUUCUGAUUGGUUUACUCCUGGUGCCAUACGGUAGGCAAAUUGGCAUCGCACUAGGGGACGUGCCAUCUUCAAAAGACAUACAACUAAAUAACAGCAACAAAGUCGAUGGUGAUGAACUCAUUCCAUCUGAAAGAACUCACGUAUUUCAUAAUUUGCUAAAUUUUCAUACAUCCAACACACAUAACUAUGAAGCAUCAAGAACAAACUUCUUCAACAAAAAGAAUUUUGAAGAGCUUUUAACUGAGAAACCAUCCUUUAAACAAUUCCCAUUGCCUGAAGCACUUGAUAACAUUAACAUAAGCUCUAAGACUGAUAAUUUCACAGAAUCUACUUCUGAUAGCACAUUAUUAGCCAGGAGCAUUGUAUUCACAGUGCUAGGGACAAUCCUCGUGGACUCCUGCUGUGAUAUUUGCCAAUCUCCCUGCAGAGCGUAUAUGCUUGAUGUGAGUUUACCAACAGAUCAUGCUACGGGGCUUAGUGUUUUCAGCCUGAUGGCUGGUCUCGGGGCUGGUUUAGGUUACGUCAUAGGAGCAAUUGAGUGGGAUGUCCCUGUGUUUGGAAAUAUUCUGGAAGGACAAGUAAUCGUCGUGUUCGCUAUCAUCACCGUUGUUUUCCUCGUUUUCCUGGUUACAUCACUAUGUGUCUUUCCCGAAUUACCACUUUCGGUCUUUAAAAAUCCAGAAACUCAUAAAGAAUAUAAGGAGAGAUAUUCGGACACUCCAGUACAAUAUGACACCGAAAUGAAUAACGUAGGCAAAACUCAAAAAGAAACGAUCAUGUUCUCUCAAGUGGAUGCAGUAGCAGAAAGGAAUGGUGAUUGUCUUGGAGCAGUUGAUUCAAUAACAAGUAUAGAGGAAGGGUUGCCACCAAGCUCCGAGGACAUCUCCCUGACACAACAUUUGAAAUCGAUAGUACGAAUGCCAAAAGCACUUUUCCGUCUAUGUUUGGUGAAUUUCUUCACGUGGAUGACUUCUGUGUCAUAUUGCUUGUAUUUCACCGAUUUCAUGGGCGAAUAUGUUUUCGGCGGCGAUCCCCACGCGCCACAGAAUUCUCCCGAGUACAUACUUUUCAAGGAUGGAGUUCGUUUCGGCUGUUGGGGGAUGGCGUUUUCGUCCCUCUUCUGUGCCAUCUAUUCUCUCUUCAUUGGAAAGCUUAUCAAAAAGUUUGGCAUAAAGCUAGUGUAUAUUGGUGGACAUAUUGUUGCGUGCAUUGGCUUCAUUAUUACGGUAGCAUCCAAGAACCGCGUAGCAGCAAUCAUUUUCUCAUCAGGGAGUGGCAUCAUAUACGGAACAGCUUUCACUAUACCUUAUUUGUUAGUCGCCCGAUAUCACAGCAGUGGGAUGGAAGUGUUCGCCCUACGCGGCAUGGGCACUGAUGUUGCUGCUGUCACGUGUAUGAUGGUGCUUUCUCAGUUCAUAGUCUCACUCACUUUGGGGAGCAUCGCUGACGCAAUCGGAUCCAAUGCUGUAAUAAUAGGUGCUUCUGCAGCAGCCAGUGCAUUUACUUCCGAACCUAAUCACGUCAGCAAGACUACCAAGGGAAAUAAAGAUAAUACUUUGAGAGUAUAA